CUUCGCGAAAGGCGAGAGAUCAGGUGCUGAUCGGAACAAUUCUCACUGGCAGCUCCUCCAUUUCAUUGGAACUUGGCGCUCAUUGCUCAGCUCCGUUAGCUGAACUCAGCUGAUCUCGAUUCUUUUCACAAAGCCAGGUCGCCCUUCUCGUUCCUGCUCCCUGGCUUUACUCUCCUUUUGUGAGUUUCCCGGAUUUGUGUUUCUUCGAGGUUGAAAGAAAGUGGUGUUGCCAUGGCGGACAGCAAUGGAUCAGUGCCUGGGUCUCCUGCAAAGCCUCCUCCCUCUCCCUCUCCCCUCCGAACGUCGAAGUUGGUGAAGAACAAGUUGCGGGUUUUGGUUACUGGAGGAGCUGGGUUUGUGGGGUCCCAUCUGGUGGACCGGUUGAUGAAAGCUGGGCACUCGGUGAUUGUGGUUGACAACUAUUUCACUGGCACCAAGAGCAACCUGAAGCAGUGGCUCAACCACCCCGACUUUGAGCUCAUCAGGCAUGAUGUUGUGGACCCCCUUCUUGUUGAGGUUGACCAGAUCUACCACUUGGCCUGCCCUGCCUCCCCCAUCUUCUACAAGCACAACCCCGUCAAGACCAUCAAGACCAACGUGAUGGGCACACUGAACAUGCUGGGUCUGGCCAAGCGAGUUGGAGCCAGGAUCCUAUUGACGUCCACGUCUGAGGUUUACGGCGACCCCCUGGUGCACCCCCAGACGGAGGAGUACUGGGGCAACGUCAACCCGAUCGGCGUGCGGAGCUGCUACGACGAGGGGAAGCGCGUGGCGGAGACGCUCAUGUUCGACUACCACCGCCAGCACGGCGUCGAGAUCCGCAUCGCGCGCAUCUUCAACACGUACGGCCCGCGCAUGAACAUCGACGACGGGCGUGUCGUCAGCAACUUCGUUGCGCAGGCGCUCAGGGGCGAAGAGAUGACGGUGCAGCUUCCCGGAACACAGACUCGCAGCUUCUGCUACGUCUCUGAUCUGGUGGACGGCCUCAUCCGGCUGAUGGAGGGCGAGAACACGGGCCCGAUCAACAUCGGCAACCCCAACGAGUUCACCAUGCUGGAGCUGGCCGAGACCGUGAAGCAGGUGGUCAGCCCGAGCGCGUCCUUCAAGACCGUGCCCAACACGCCCGACGACCCCAAGCAGCGCAAGCCCGACAUCACCAAGGCCAAGAACCUGCUCGGCUGGGAGCCCAAGGUUCUGCUGAAGGACGGUCUCCCGCUGAUGGCAAAGGAUUUUGCUGAACGCCUCGAUAUCUCAUACGAGCCUUCAACCGCGGCCAAGUAAUCUUGGAUCAAGGCAGCAUUGGGUUGAUCAUCCACCUCUCGGUAAGAAAUCUUCUGAGCACAAGGCGCGGACUUGAAAGCAGGUCGUCUGGCUGCAAGCUAGAGGUAGACGGCUUUGAGCAGCCUUUCAAGGGUCGCAAGCACUUGACAACAGCAAGGAGGACCAGAUACUUACAGAAAGUUAUCAUCGCCAAAGCUGUGUGACACAGUAUGAACUGCAAAUGAGGCACGCCCAUGCUGUGAGACAUUUGUAUACAUGUAGUGCAAGCACCUGAGAUCCGGGAUAUGAAUGACAAGAUUCCUGCUCCCUGCGAGGCUGUCUAGGCAUGCAACUCGUCAAUCCUGUAUGCUCACAAUGA